GGUAUUUUCAAGCCUAAAUUGCUUGACCUUGUGACUUGCAAGUGGUUGAUUUACAUCUCCCUCUCCUGUUUCCAGCCUGGAGGUGAAACUCUCCAGCUGUUGUUUGCAGGUGCAAACCAUAAAGUACAUCCAUACCCAAGACGUACUCAGCUACGGGGGAUAUGUAUACAGUAUACACACGAGGAGGUGUGAAUGAGCCCGGGGAGGACACACUGUUACUGCUCUCUGCUGUGUCAUUUGCCUGGACCCUGCUGUGAAAUGAACCCAGCAAGGACUGCGGGACACUUUCCUCCCUUCCCCUGUUGAGCACUCCAGAGCUGUCGUUCUGCUGUUGUUCUAACUGGGUCCCAUCCUCCUCUGGCCAAGCGAAACAGCCCAGUCUCAAGUAGGCGUCCUAGGCUCAUCUGCCAGCCUGAACAUGAACACAGGCAACACUGAUGACAGCCAGGGUUCCCCAGGGACAUGGGGCCCCAUGGGGUCCGGCCCCCAGGAGCAGGACCACUCAUGAUGUUGGUGUCGUGGAGUGAGCACCAUGCCUAUCACCCAGGACAAUGCCAGGCUGCACCUGCCCCUCCUCUACCAGUGGCUGCAGAACAGCCUCCAGGAGGGUGGGGAUGGGCCAGAGCAGCGGCUGUGCCAGGCAGCCAUCCAGAAGCUGCAGGAGUAUAUCCAGCUGAACUUCACAGUGGAUGACAGCACGGUCCCACCUGACCACAGCCCCCCCGAGAUGGAGAUCUGCACUGUGUACCUCACCAAGGAGCUGGGGGACACAGAGACUGUGGGCCUCAGUUUUGGGAACAUCCCUGUUUUCGGGGACUAUGGUGAAAAGCGCAGAGGGGGCAAGAAGAGGAAGACCCACCAGGGCCCUGUGCUGGAUGUGGGCUGCAUCUGGGUGACGGAGCUAAGGAAGAACAGCCCAGCAGGCAAGAGUGGGAAGGUCCGCCUGCGGGAUGAGAUCCUCUCCUUGAACGGGCAGCUGAUGGUUGGAGUUGAUGUCAGUGGGGCCAGUUACCUGGCUGAGCAGUGCUGGAAUGGCGGCUUCAUCUACCUGAUCAUGCUGCGUCGCUUUAAGCACAAAGCCCAUUCUACUUAUAAUGGCAACAGCAGCAACAGCUCUGAACCUGGAGAGACACCUACCUUGGAGCUGGGUGACCGAAGUGCGAAAAAGGGGAAAAGAACGAGAAAGUUUGCAGUCAUUUCCAAGCCUCCUACCAACAAGACCCCUGAAGAAUCCAAGAGCAGCGCUGGCUGUGAGUUGGCCAGUGACCCUGGCUCUGAACUGGAGAACGGCGCAGACCCUGAACUUGGAAAUGGGCACGCCUUUGAGUUAGAAAAUGGCCCAGAUUCUCUCAAGGAGGCGGCUGGGCCCCAUCUAGAGAGGUCAGAAUUGGACAGAGGGACAGAGCAUAAAAUUCCAAAGACAGAUGCUCCCCUAACUACAGGCAAUGACAAACGCCGCUUGUCUAGAGCUGGAAAGACAGACUUCCAGUCAAGUGAUUGCCUGGCACGGGAGGAAGUUGGCCGGAUAUGGAAGAUGGAGCUGCUCAAAGAGUCGGAUGGGCUGGGCAUUCAGGUUAGUGGAGGCCGAGGAUCAAAGCGCUCACCUCACACUAUCGUUGUCACUCAAGUGAAGGAAGGAGGUGCCGCUCACAGGGAUGGCAGACUGUCCUUAGGAGAUGAGCUGCUGGUAAUCAAUGGUCACUUAUUGGUUGGGCUGUCCCACGAGGAAGCUGUGGCCAUUCUUCGCUCGGCCACUGGAAUGGUUCAGCUGGUGGUGGCCAGCAAGGAAAGCUCUGCUGAGGACCUCCUCAGGUUAACAUCUAAGAGUCUGCCUGAUCUGACCAGCUCGGUAGAGGACGUGUCCUCUUGGACCGACAACGAAGACCAGGAGCCAGACGGGGAAGAGGACGAAGGAUCCGGCUUGUCUUCUAGCCAGGGAGCAAUGCCUGGGACAGAUGAGCCCCAAGAUGUGUGUGGCUCUGAGGAACCCAAGGGGAACUUGGAAAGUCCCAAACAGGGCAGCAGUAAGGUGAAGCUCAAGAGUCGUCUUUCAGGGGGCGUCCACCGCCUAGAGUCUGUUGAAGAAUAUAACGAGCUGAUGGUGCGGAACGGGGACCCCCGGGCCAGGAUGCUGGAGGUCUCCCGAGAUGGCCGGAAGCACUCCCUUCCCCAGCUGCUGGACUCCAGCGGAGCAGGGCAGGAAUACCACAUUGUAAAGAAGUCCACCCGCUCCUUAAGCGCCACUCAGGUGGAAUCUCCUUGGAGACUCAUCCGGCCAUCCGUGAUCUCUAUCAUUGGUCUGUACAAAGAAAAAGGCAAGGGCCUUGGCUUUAGCAUUGCUGGAGGUCGAGACUGCAUUCGAGGACAGAUGGGGAUUUUUGUCAAGACCAUUUUCCCAAAUGGAUCAGCUGCAGAGGAUGGAAGACUUAAAGAAGGGGAUGAAAUCCUGGAUGUAAAUGGAAUACCAAUAAAGGGCUUGACGUUUCAAGAAGCCAUUCAUACCUUUAAGCAAAUCCGGAGCGGGUUAUUUGUCUUAACAGUACGCACGAAGUUACUGAGCCCCAGCCUCACUCCCUGCUCGACACCCACGCACAUGAGCAGAUCCAGCUCCCCAAACUUCAACACCAGUGGGGGACCCUCAGCAGGAGGCUCCGACGAAGGGGGUCCUUCGUCCCUGGGUCGGAAGGCCCCUGGGCCCAAGGACAGGAUCGUCAUGGAAGUAACGCUCAACAAAGAGCCAAGAGUUGGAUUAGGCAUAGGUGCCUGCUGCCUGGCUCUAGAAAACAGUCCUCCAGGCAUCUACAUUCACAGCCUUGCCCCCGGAUCAGUGGCCAAGAUGGAGAGCAACCUCAGCCGCGGAGAUCAAAUCCUGGAAGUGAACUCAGUCAACGUUCGCCAUGCUGCUUUGAGCAAAGUCCAUGCCAUCUUGAGCAAAUGCCCCCCAGGACCCGUUCGCCUCGUCAUCGGCCGGCACCCUAAUCCGAAGGUUUCUGAGCAGGAAAUGGAUGAAGUGAUAGCACGCAGCACUUAUCAGGAGAGCAAAGAAGCCAAUUCCUCCCCUGGCUUAGGUACCCCCUUGAAGAGUCCCUCUUUUGCAAAAAAGGACUCCCUUAUUUCUGAAUCCGAACUCUCCCAGUACUUUGCCCACGAUGUGCCAGGUCCUUUGUCAGACUUCAUGGUGACUGGCUCUGAGGACGAGGACCACCCGGGAAGUAGCUGCAGCACGUCGGAGGAUGGCAGCCUGCCUCCUGGCACCUCCGUUCACAAGGAGCCGGGAAAAGCCAGAGCCAAUAGCCUUGUGUCUCUAGGAAGCCAAUGGGCCUCUGGGCUCUUCCACAAGCAGGUGACAGUUGCCAGACAAGCCAGUCUCCCUGGAAGCCCACAGGGCCUCCGAAACCCGCUCCUCCGUCAGAGCAGGGUGGGCUGCCAUGAUGCCAGUGACGAGGAAGAGUUUGAUGGACAGGGGGACUGUAUCUCACUCCCAGGGGCCCUGCCGGGUCCCAGCAGACCUCUGACAGGGGGUGACUCUAGGCGUGUCUUGACGGCCUCUUCCAAUGUCAUGGAUGUCAACAACCAAGAAGAGCCACCCCAGAAGACACGGGUCAGCAAGGCCUUUUCAGUGCCUGUCCUUGGCAGCUCGGUGGACUUAGAGAAGAGUGUCCCAGAGGAUAUGGUGGACACUACUUCCCAUGAAGCCAACGUGCUGGACUCUGCAGAGGCCAAGAGUGGCCCUGGAGGCUUGGGGAAGAAGGAACUGUCAGGAUCAAAGAGUUCACCCAAAUUGGAAUACAAAGUCUAUGCAGGCACCCAGAGUCUGAUGAGCACAGAGGGCUCCAGGUCCCCCCAGCAGAAGAAUGAAAACCUGGGGUCCAGGCACAAACCAGUGGCCAGGGUCAGCCCACACUGCAAGAGGCCCGAGGCCAGGGCCAGCAGCUCAGACACAGUGAACCUGACCGGCAGAACUGAUGAACCGUGUGAUCUAGACUUAAAAGUCCAGUCCACUUCCGUCAAAGUAACCGUCACUGGCUUUCAGCCAGGUGGAACUACAGAGAAGGAAUCUCUGGGAAAGCUCACCAUCGAGGAUGGACGUGUCCCUACAGACAGUGGGCCAGCUCUGUGCGCUGUCCAACCCAGGGAGAACCUGCCCCAACCUGCAACAGAGCAGGAACAGCAACCCGUGACUGGACUGGACGGCUCCCCAGGUCUCAUCCCUUCCUUGAGGAAGAAGGGGGCUGCUGGUCCUGACCCCAGCAAGACCUCAGUGGACGUGAGGCAGGUCCAGCCUGUGCCUCCCAGGGCCCCCGAGUCCGAGGGCAGAUGUACCAUCCACGUGGCCUGUGAAUGCAGCGCGUCCCCAGGGGAGACGGCAGCAGCUCGUGCUGACCUCGGCGAGACUCAGGCAGCUCCAGAAGCCAGCUCGCCCCACUACAAUGAGAAGGCGACUGGUCCCCGGGGAGUGGGGCACGGGGCAGAGGGAGUGACUCCAGCUAGUGCCAUCCCAUCACGAGACCCUCUGACAAGCCAGAAGAAAAGACAAGGAGCUCCAGGUAACCCCAGUCAGGCUUUGCCAACGACAGGAAUCUGUGUGCCUGAAACACUUCAGGAGCCUGCCCUGCUCGAGGCAGCAGAUUCCAUAUCUGCGAGGACCCUGCAGGCCAGCCUCCCCCUGCCACUGUCCACUGGCAAGGCCAAAGAGGCGUGUGGCAGUGCCUCAGGGCACUGCUGCCUGGCGGGGAGCAGGGAGAGCCCCGUGACAGACAUCGACAGAUUCAUCAAGGAGCUGGAUGCUUCUGAAGCAAGGAUCCAGUCUUCUCAAAAAGGGGACAGUGGGGGUCAAGAGGGCAACUGUCCGGGUUCCUGCCAUACCGAGCCGGCCACGGGUGACCAGACCCCCUCCCCGAGGAAGGCCUGGGCCCCUGGCGCCCCUCCCGCCCCCCAGUGGGCCUCCCAGCCUUCGCUGUUGGAUUCCAUUCAUCCUGACAAACAUUUUACUGUGAACAAGAACUUUCUGAGCAACUACUCUAGAAAUUUUAGCAGUUUUCACGAAGACAGCACCUCGCUGUCGGGCCUGGGUGACAGUACGGAGCCGUCUCUCUCGUCCAUGUACGGCGAUGCCGAGGACUCCUCUUCUGACCCUGAGUCGCUCACGGAAGCCCCGCGAGCUCCCGCUGGGGACAGCUGGCCCCCUCCCCGGUCUCAUGGGUCUUCUCACAAGGAAGACACUACAGAGUCUGAGGAGGAGCAAAUCGAAAUCUGUUCCACAAAUGGCUUGCCUGAUCCACCCGCAACGCCUCCUGCUCCUGCCCAGGCUGCACCCUGCCCUGCUCUAGCCAAAGUCCUGCCAUUGAAACACAGUGCUCCGAGUGCAUCACUGCAGAGCCCACGUGAGACAGCCUCCUUCUUGCCAGGGGCCUUGUGCGCUUCAACCCCAAAUGCUUCCCAGCCUUUUUCUCUCUGGGACAUAAGCUCUCAGGAGCAGGAGACUCAUGCAGACGUAAGCGUGUUGCAGGACCCCAGGCCCAUGUGUGCAGAAGACACGAGGGAGACUACCGGCACUAGCUCAGCCGUGGAAGACAGUCAGCCUUCUAAAGUCGCCAGGCACUGUCACAACCCCCCGGUCACUCUCAGCUCCCUUAACGUGGUAAAUGGGUUGGAACAUGACCUGCUAGAUGAUGAAACCCUGAAUAAACAAGAAACAAAUGUUAAUGCAACUGAAAAUCUGUCCCCCUUGAAUGUGGCUGUCCCUAAGAACGGAGAAUCUGUUUUGGCAAGCUUACACAUCUCUGAAAGUCAAGACCUGGAUGACUUGCUACAGAAACCAAAAAUAACCUCCCGGAGGCCCAUCAUGGCCUGGUUUAAAGAAAUAAACAAAAAUAACCAAGGUACACACUUGCAGAGCAAAACUGAGAAGGAACAAUCCAUGGUGGCAGCCAGAAGCCCUGACUCCAAAAUUCAGAUACUGAGCUUGAACCACAAAAAGGGGCUUGCCAUGGCCAAUAGCCCUCCUCAGCUGAAGAUGACUCUGGAAAAUAAAGACACACCUAAAAAGGGUUCCAUGGAAACACUUCUAAGUAACUGUCAGAAGCCCAAAUGUGGCCCCAAGUUGAAGAGACUGAGCAUCAAAAAUAAAAGCAAAGUCAGUUCAGAGACCCCCGCUGCAAACACUGCCAAAGCUGGUGGGAUAGACCACAGGAAAUCCUUCAUUUCACCCCAGAGCUCCCACAAAAUGCUCUCUAAGGUAGUGUCACAACGAUCCCAGGUAGCUGACCACGAGGGGCCCGACAAACACACCAUAGCCACCCCCAAGUCUCCCCAGUGUAUGCUGGAGGGCAAGCCACCCCUGGCCGCCCCUGGGUCACUGAAGCCCUCGGCGUCAGACACGAGCAUCAAAAUGCCCAUUCCACCCCCGAGCUUCACCAAGACUCUUCCUGAGCAAGAUGCGUGUAGUAGGUUCCACACGGCUGUCCACUCAGAACCCAGCAGAGGUUGCCCAGCUGCCCCCAGAUCCUCUACACGUGGGUCAGAGGGCAAGGUGCCCUGUGCAGACUCUGGGCUAGGGAGUCCUGCUGCAUCAGGGAGCAGUGCGUCCAUGGCAGGGGAUAGACAGAUGGCCUCAGCCUCUGAAGCCACCCAACCCAGGGCGCCUGGCGAAAAAGGAAGCAAAACCGUUGCUAGCGAUCCCCUAGAGAGAACAAACCAGCUGAAACUAGUUGAGAUUUCUUCUGAAAGAAUGCCAAAGAGUGGAUGUGGUGACAAGCCGGCUGAAAGUGUCAGACGGGGAGGGUUGUGGGCCCAGAGCAGCUGUCAGGAGCAGAAUGAAAUCAAACUCUGUCACCACUCCGUGGAAUCGCGUGCCUCCCAGGUGGAGCAGGAAAUGCACAGAUCGCUCAGCGUGGCCAGGUUGGCAUCCUUGUCCCCUCAGCUGCGUGCUAAAAAGACAGAUUCCCCCCAGGGACCGUCAAGCCAGCUGCCGGAGGCCCUAGGGAUGCCCAAGAACGGCACACCCACCGGCCCCGCGGGGGAGGACCAUCCCUACUUCACACCACGGCCAGCGACCAGGACCUACUCCAUGCCAGCCCAGUUCUCGAGCCAUUUUGGAAGGGAGGGUCAUGCCCUACACAGCCCAGGUCACUCUCCUCAGAACAGCCAGACCCCUGUGGCGAGCCGUGGUCUCCUGGAGGCAAAGGCAUCCAAGGGCAGCCUUCUCGGCCUGGUUAACGGGCACAGUGUGUACAGUGUCAAGCCUCUGCUGGAAACGUCAGGGAACCUUCCAGCAACGGACCCCGGGGAGAUCAUUUCCAUACAGGAGACGAGCUGCCCGGUCACAGACAAAAUCAAAGUCACCAGAAGACAUUACUACUAUGAGCAGAACUGGCCCCAUGAAUCUACCUCAUUUUUCUCUGUGAAGCAGCGGAUCAAGUCCUUUGAGAACCUGGCCAAUGCUGACCGGCCUGCAGCCAAGCCCGGGCCUUCCCCCUUUUUGUCGGUGAGCUCCAAGCCCCCCAUUGGGCGACGGUCAUCUGGCAGCAUUGCCUCGGGGAGCCUCAGCCACCCCAGUGACCCAGCAGCGAGGUCUCUGAGGCGCAGCUUGAGUUCCUGCAGCGAAAGCCAAAGUGAAGCCAGCGCCCUUGUCCCCCAGAUGACCAAGUCCCCGUCCAGCAUGACGCUGACCGUCUCCCAGCAGAAUCCACCAGAGACCAAUAACAAGGGCCCUGAAUCAGACCCCCCAAAAAAGUUUGGUUCUUCAGGAAUUCCCACCCCCACAGUGACCCCAGCCUCUCCCAUCAGGAGGAACAAGUCCUCGGUGCGCCACACACAGCCCGCGCCUCUCUCUCACUCUAAGCUCCAGGAACUAAGGGCCUUGAGCAUGCCUGACCUGGACAAGCUCUGCAGCGACAAUUACACGGCAGGACCGACCACCAUGCUCUUCAAAACAGAGCUGGAGAUCGUUCCCAGGAGGUCGCUUGGCUCCCCUGCUAGAGGCCUUGAUGGACCAGCUGCCCCUGCAUGUCCCAGGAGUGGCAGGAACAGGGCCUGCCCAGGAGGAAGCAGCUCGCCAGCCAGGGAGUCUGGGACACCCAGUUCAGCCAACAAUGUGGGUGAAACCACCCAGGAUCUAGAAAAAAGCUGGUCAGUAACUUUGGAUCAACUCCUUGUCUCGGCGGGGGACCAGCAAAGAUUACAGUCUGUUUUAUCAUCAGUGGGGUCAAAAUCUACCAUCCUAACUCUCAUUCAGGAAGCGAAAGUACAAUCAGAGAAUAAAGAUGUUUGCUUCAUAGUCUUGAGUAAAAAAGAAGGCUCAGGUCUGGGAUUCAGCGUGGCAGGAGGAACAGAUGUGGAGCCAAAGUCAGUCAUGGUCCACAGGGUGUUUUCUCAGGGGGCGGCUUCUCAGGAAGGGACCAUGAACCAAGGGGAUUUCCUUCUGUCAGUCAAUGGUGCCUCACUGGCUGGCUUAGGCCACCGGGAUGUCUUGAAGGUUCUGCACCAGGCACAGCUGCACAAAGACGCCCUCGUGGUCAUCAAGAGAGGGAAUGACCAGCCCAGACCCUCCACCAGGCAGGAGCCUCCCACAGCCAACGGGAAGGGCUUGCUGUGCAGAAAGACCGUCCCCCCGGAGCCUGGAAUUGGGAGAAGCGUAGCUGCCCAUGACAUUCUGUGUGUUGAAGUGCUGAAGACCGAGGCUGGGCUGGGACUGAGUCUGGAUGGAGGGAAAUCAUCUAUGUCUGCAGAUGGGCCCCUGCUCAUUAAAAGAGUGUACAGAGGUGGUGCAGCUGAACAAGCUGGAACAAUAGAAGCUGGAGAUGAAAUUCUUGCUAUUAAUGGAAAACCUCUGGUUGGGCUCAUGCACUUCGAUGCCUGGAAUAUUAUGAAGUCUGUCCCAGAAGGACAAGUGCAGUUAGUAAUUAGAAAGCACAAGAAUUCUUCAUGAAUUUUAACAAGAAUCUCCUUUUCUCAGUUCCCUUUUCUUACUUUACUUUAAACGAUGGGUUCUUAAAACAACAAACAUCGGUACAGACAAGGCCUAUAAAAAUCUCCAAGUCUGUGCUUGCACACGAAGCCUAACCUAUUGUGUGUGCCACAGCAGCAAAGUUGGACUCUGGAAGCCUUCCACCUGGCUCACCCAGGGUGGAGCAUUCAUUUUGUUCCAGUGCCUGUCCCCUUUAUGUUUGCUGAUGGGGAUACAAGAUGUGACAUGCCCGUCUUCAUUUGAAACAGCCAGAACGUCGCAUCCCUCUUGCCAGCUCUCCCAACAUCCUGGUGAUGAGGGAACGAACAAAGUCUGAGGGGUGCCACAGAUGUCACAACUAAGAGGACUAUAGUUUUAUAGAAUUUCGUAAGUAAAUGACACAAUGCUUUUAGGCACAUUCAAUAGAAGGAGGAGCUAUAGGUCUAUAAAUGUUACCCUGAAAAGAAAAUGAGACUUAAAAAAAAAAAAAGAAUAUGAAUUAUGACCUAAUUGUUAGGCUGAGCUCAGGAAUUAUCUGAAAAUGAAAAAUCAAAAUACAGAAAGUAAUAUUUUUUAGUGAGUGUAAUGUAUAAUGUAUGGAUGCAGAGUUCAACUCAAUGGGUUAUUGAUCAUCAUGAAUUGUUGAACGUUUUCUAUCUCCAAAAACAUAAGUCAUAAGGCUGUUUUACAGACUAGUAGUUCCAGUAAACUAUACUAAAUAGCCAUGAGUUUCACAGCUUAGGAGCAGAAAGUUCCAGAUCUGAAAGCACCAUGCAUCUAGUUUCUGAACUUGUCUUGAGUAAGUGCUUGAACUCAAGACUGGUUGAUGCAAGAACAGGCAAAAAUACCACAGUCACUGGGUUUCCAUUUCUACAUUUUAUGCACUCCAACUGCUAAUUUAAACUAAUUUUUAGAAAUCAAGUACUGUAUCUCUUUAGUGUCCUUGGAAUUAUAUUUAUAAACAUAGGCAUUAUAUCUACAAUCCAAAUAGAGGAGCUUAAAAUAAUCCUUUUACAGGACUUUGGUUUUUCUCCUCUUCUCCAGCGUACUUAAGAAAUGUAACAUUUCUAAGUAUUGGAUCUGUUUUCUUGACCUGGUGUAAAGACAUGACUGCAGUGACUGAAGUUUUUGCUCUUUCUGUUUUCCUGUUUUGCAAAUUCUUCCUUUUGCCGAAAAUGUUUCACUGCAGAAGACUGUUGUGACUCAUGCUGCUCGUGAAACUCACCCUGCGUGCGCCUCCUUUUGAAGCACAAGCUUCUUUGUAGUAGCUGUUCACAUUCGAUGUGCUGGUUGUCAUCACAGAGUUGGGUUUUUCUCCCCUCAUACUAUACUGUUUUCUUAAAUUCCAAACCCACAUCAGCUUCAUUUACCAAAAUGUCAUAAGAAAGAGGAGGAAAAUGGAGACACAGGAUGAGUCACUGUCAAGGUAAAGGAGCAGAACUAUGUAGUUACAACCGAAAUCCUCAGGUGGCACAGACCAACCCGUUGAAUCCUGGGAAUACGGGUGGAGAUUACGUGUGUCAUAUCUGUGCGCAUGACAAUGCUACCAUUUUAUGUUGGAGAUUUUUUUGAAUAAUGUACAACUUGGGUGUAUGGCUAUGACCCCCCCGGACCAUGGAGGUGCUUGAGCCAUCACCUUUGCACAUCAUUUUUCUGAGCGACCAGUCCCACUAAACUUCUGUAGCCAGCCCAGAGAGGUCGGUCCCUCAGAUGCACAUGAUCUGGCUUGUCUAAGCCCAGAUUUCUCAUUUUUCAACAAGCUAUACAAAGGAGAAUAUAGUACAGGAGUUAGCUAGAAAGACCUGAUUUAGCUUCUACUUUUCACUACAAUUACAGGUAGGACACUAUAGAAAGUCAGUGCAAGGUGCAUGCUAGAUUGUUUUAACUGUCUCGGGUCAAUUUCAUGGUUUCUGCUUUCUUGCCUAAGUGACGAGACUAUUUGAAGUCAACACUGAAAAUCAUUUUUUGCUUCCACUCUUACAGCUAUGCCUUCUAAUAAGAAAUGCACAGUCCUAUGUGGACAGACAGGAAUUUCUAGAGCAAUGUGGAGCCAUGGGAUCUCCUUCUGAGAAUCCCUAAUAUUCUCUUAUCUGAAAGGUACAAGGGUAGACCUCUGGUUUAUGACACCAUUAAAGUCAUUGCCAUUUCUAUUAUAUCUUGCCAGAAGGGUUCCUUGGCCAAUAGUUGGAAUUUAAGGAAAGAAGCAAAAGCUCAACUGUCUUUGACCCUAAGAUAGAAAGCUAUUUAUUUGUCUUCAGUAUUCAAGGCAUGACUAGUAUUUCUAAUUAGUCUAAUAAAUUCACACUUCCUGAAGUGAACACUAAUGGUAUUGUCCUACUAAAACUUCUAUUGUUUUGUUUUUCUUAACUGGUCAUUCACAAUAAGCUAUGAGGGUAAAUAUGUGUUAUAACAUGUAAAUCGUAACUGCAAGAACAUACCAUGUUGGUUGAAGUAGGUUGGGUUUCAUUUCCAUCCUCCCACAUACAUCUCUUUAAUUUUAUGGUUGACUUAAUUGGCACCACAUCUGUUGUAUGAUAUUAUACAUUAUCCUUUAUUUAUGUAAAAUAAAAUGCCUUAUAUAUUAAAGAGUAAGUGCAAUAAUAUGGAAUAGCCUGUACAUUUUAAAAAUGUUGUCGCCAAGUUAUGUAAAUCCACAUCUCUGUAAACAACCUUUUUUAAGUAAUUUUAAAAAAAUAAA